AUGGACCCAGCCAUGCAGAGCGGCCCCUCCCGCCCCCCCGACCUCGCCAUGGCCCGUCAUGAAGGCUGGUUCCGCUGUGAUGUCACCCUUCAGCGGGCGGGUCGGUCCACGUUGGAGGAGGGGUGUCCGGCACGCAGGCACACAAACAGACACAACGCAUGCUCGCACACUCACAAACACACACACAGACACACGCACACACACGCACACAGUCUGUCGCCUGCGCACACACAUUGUCAAGACAAAGCGGCUCUAAACGUGUGGGUUUGUGUUCCGACAGUCGGGUCCUGGCGGCUGGGGUUCUCAGUCAAGUUCUACCCCGCAGACCCCUCCAUCCUCAUCGAGGACAUCACUCGGUACUACCUGUGCCUGCAGCUGAGGGACGACAUCCUCUCCGGACGCCUGCCCUGCUCCUUCGUCACCCACGCCCUGCUGGGCUCCUACACCGUGCAGGCGGAGCUGGGCGACUACGAGGCCGACGACCACGGCCCCGACUACGUCAGCGACUUCCGCUUCGCCCCCAACCAGACGAGGGAGCUGGAGGAGCGGGUGAUGGAGCUGCACCACAACUACAGGGGCAUGAGCCCGGCUGAGGCUGAGAUGAACUUCCUGGAGAACGCCAAGAAGCUGUCCAUGUACGGCGUCGACCUCCACCACGCCAAGGACUCAGAGGGCAUCGACAUCAUGCUGGGCGUGAGCGCCAACGGCCUGCUGAUCUACCGGGACCGGCUCCGCAUCAACCGCUUCGCCUGGCCCAAGAUCCUGAAGAUCUCGUACAAGCGCAGCAACUUCUACAUCAAGAUCCGCCCGGGAGAGUACGAACAGUUUGAGAGCACCAUAGGCUUCAAGCUGCCACACCACAGAGCGUCCAAGCGCCUGUGGAAGGUCUGCAUUGAGAACCACACCUUCUUCAGGCUGGUGUCCCCCGAGCCCCCGCCAAAGGGCUUCCUGGUGAUCGGCUCAAAGUUCCGGUACAGCGGGCGCACCCAGGCGCAGACCCGGCAGGCCAGCGCGCUCAUCGACCGGCCCGCGCCGCAGUUCGACCGCUCCGUCAGCAAGAGAUACCAGCUGCCCCGCGGCUUGGACGGAGCCUCAGCCCUGGGUGACAGCAUGGACCAGUUGUCCCAGCGGAGCUCCAGCGACCGGACCCAGUUCAUGUCCAGAGAGGACCUGGACCAGGAGGGCAGUCUGGACCUGGACCAGGACCAGUACCACUACCAGGACCAGGACCAGCAGUACCCGUACCAGGGCCAGGGCCUGGAGUCCCCCGGGGACCUGGACGGGGGUCCGCAGGCCAACCGGGCCCUGGAGUACAAGGGUGAGGAGGCGAGCUCACCCGCAGACCAAAAGCCAGAGCAGCAGUUCCUGGACAAGCCGGAGGACGUUCUGCAGAAGCACCAGGCCAGCAUCAACGAGCUGAAGAGGGCCCUGCGUCAGCCCAACAGCAAGCUCAGCCAGCGGGAGAAGCGUCUCUCCUCCAGCACCCCCCCCCCCGGGGGGACCCCCGAGAGGAAGCAGGAGACUCCGCCCACCCCUUCCAUCCAGGAGGAGCCGUUCAAGGAGACCUCGCGGGAGCCCUGGGAACGCCGCCUGGGCUCGGCCUCAGAGGACGACCCGGACCAGGAGUCCCUCUACCUGAAGGAGGCGCACCUGGGCAUCGAGCGCAAGUGCUCCAGCAUCACGGUGAGCUCCACGUCGUCCCUGGAGGCGGAGGUGGACUUCACGGCGCUCACGGACCUGCACUCCGGCAUGGAGGAGUUCUCCCGCGGCAUGACGGAGCUGGGGGAGCGCGACCUGUCGCCGGACGGCGGGCUGCGCAUGGGCAUCGACCUGUUCCAGCACCAGCAGCAGUACCAGCAGCAGCUGCAGCACCACCCCCCGCCGCCGCCGCAGCACCACCACCACCACCAGCAGCAGCAGCAGCAGCAGCACCAUCAGCAGCACCGUCAGAGCCCCCCGCAGGAGGCCGUCCCCGGCAGCAGCCCCCCGGCGGCCGAGCCCCACCCCACCCCGACUCCACAGAUGCGCCCGGAGGUCAAGCGACACGAUGGACAGCCCGUCGUUCCCAAGAAGCCAAAGCGGUCAGUGCCUGUGUCGUCGUCGAUGGACAGGGACAGAGACCAAUCGCACAGAGACGUGGGUCGUGGCCCCGCCCCCACGGCACUGAGCAGGGAGGUCAGCGAUGUCAUGGCUCCGCCCACCAUGAGGAGGACGGACGUACGGACCGAGAUGCAGCCCAACGGGUCCGAGGUCACCACCACCAUCGUCGAGUUCACGGAUCAGGAUCACGGUCUGUGUAGCCUGGGAGAUGUUCCUUACUCUACAAGAGAGAGUGUUUCCCCUGUGCACAUGGGGAGUCUGGGGAGGGAUUCAUCGGGCUCCCCCAUCCUGUUCGCCGAGAACGUCACCUCCGCCACCACUCAGGUUACCAAGACGGUGAAGGGAGGCUACUCAGAGACGCGGAUCGAGAAGCGGAUUAUCAUCACGGGGGACGAUGACGUGGAUCAGGAGCAGGCCUUGGCGAUCGCGAUCCAAGAAGCCAAGCAACAGCAUCCCGACAUGCUGGUCACCAAGGCGAUCGUUGUCAGGGAAACGGAGUCCUCCAGCGACGAGAAGCACCGAAUGUCUAAGUGUUGAUUUACGCUGGCGAGGGCGCCCUCCGCAGGAUCAGACGUGUCGGUGCAGCCGCAACCUGAAAUGACCACCUAUCCGUCCUGUGGUGGUUUUAAUGGACACACACACACACACACACACACACACACACACACGGCCAUGUGUGGCAGGACUAGUGUUGAUUUGUAAUUUCUAAUAACAUUUAAACCACGACCAUGUAAGUUACAUUCAGUAUUUUAGGUUAUUAUUGUUAUUUAUAUUCACUACUGCGCCUGAGAGAUGAUUACGUAUUCUCAGAACAGCGAUGGAGCAGAUGUACUUCACUUGAGAUAAUUGUACUGGAGUCUAUAAUUGGCUGACAAUAUGUCACUAGAACCGCCAGCAGCUGGAAAGAUUUUGUGGAUGAUGGCUAAAUGAUAGUUUAACAGCCAACCAAGAUGUCUUCUACAGUUACCCUCCGAAGUGGGAAACAUAUCACUGUUGAUCUGUUGAUAUUUUAAAUCAGGCAAAAAAUAUAGCAAGGUCAGACAUGAAUGCAUCACCCUAUUGACAACGUCAUGAAGGGAAUCCCCCUCUCCUCAUUCCUUAGACAUUUGUAUUUCUGAGAUACUGUACCACUGAAAAACUGGCCUGAAAUCAACGGGAAUUUCUGCCAGCCUAUGUGCGACAAAAUGACUGAAACUUGUGUGCUUCAAUGUAAACUUCCUCACUUUUGAAAGGAGUACUAUGUUAGAUUGGACUAUAGGUACAGUGCUGUGGCAUGUGUGUGGGAAAAAACAGGGUUAAGUCAGGGACAAACGGAUUUCUUUCCUUCGUUUUCUUACUUGCUGAGACAAACACAUGAACGAACCGGGUGUCAUUCUGCCGGAGACUCGCUAGGGGGUGCUGCAAGCUCAAGUUGUCCUAAUAGCGCCGUCUAGUGGCGCGUAACCUUUCUGCUACACAUGGCAGAAUUUGGCAAAAACACAAUGUUUGAUAAGUGCUUAAUUUGUCCUGCAGUGCAGUAACAGAAGAUCGUGAAGCAGUAAACACAGAAUAAAACCAGACUUCAUGACAGGACAAUAUCGUCUCUAAGCAUGUCACUAUUUUCGAACAUUACUUUUAAUGUUAUUUUUUUCCACCUCCUUUAGAUAUUGUUUAAUAUGAGAUUAGGAUAUGAGCCCGAUGUUUAGAAAGAGAGUAUAGGCUCCAAAUGACUGUACUCCAGUAGUGAAAUUAUAGUAUUUAAAAUGUUUGCAUGAUAGUUACUUGUAGGUACUUGUAGACUCAAUUUGAAACGCACAGAAAAGGUUCAAUAGCUUCCACUACAAUGUGAUAUAGGACGUUUCAAACGAAAGUACCGAAACUACUUUGCCCAAACUUCCAAGUCGGCACAUGGGGAAAUCACGCUUCUACAAAAGAUUGUAGCCCUAACUUGUUGUUUGUGCAGCUUAACCAUAAGCAUAAUAGGGGGACAGAAAACUAAUUAUGUUUUGCUAUUCCCAAUGCAGUCCUACUUUUAUACCGCUCACUUUAGUUACUGCUUAUUUCCAUUCUUCUUUUCUGUUUUUGCAUUAUAAUAAACGUCAGCCAUUGGUUAUUUUCACACUGAUCAUCGGGCUAUACCAGGAAAAAAAACACUAAACCUGUAGACCUGCACAUUAUCGGACAUAGGUAAUGCGCUAUAGAGUAAUCAUCACUUAAACACUUAUUUCUGAAAUCUGCAAAACUCUUUUAAGGAAUUGUAAGCCUGUGAGAUGUUAUGCAUUGCUCAUACGACAAAGGAAGAGUAAAAUAACCGUUCUCGAAACAUGUAGCGUGACAAGUGAGAGGGAAAUGUUUCAGUAACGGUUCCUGUGUGUCUCCGAUAAGUGAAUGUUAGCAGAAUGACAUAGACUUUGUGAUGUGCCGAUAGUGGAGAACAAACAGUUUUUUGUAUGACCUACUUUAUAUAACACAAAAAAGGGAAACCAUACCAAACUGACAACGAUCAGAAACUGACACAGCCAACGUCCACAUUAAUAUUUAGCAAAACAACCUUUUCUUUGCAAAUUUCUCUUGACUUCUUGCAGAAUUCUAUUGGGUGUGUUAGUUUAGAGUGGAUGGUUCGACAGUGAUAAAGAAAAGCCUUUUUUUUCUUAGGUAAAGGUCAAAAUAACGAUGGUGUAGGCCUAUGUAAACCGUCCAAACGUGUGGUGUGUAACUAACUUCCAUUGUCUGUCUCCGAAAGGCAGACCACUGAUUUAUACUUUGGUUCCAGACCUGUGACGGUGAUUGGCUGAUGUGUGUACGUAGAAUGGGAGAAUAGAAAAUAUAAAAAAGGUGUAAUGUAUUCUUGGGCUUGUAAAUAUGAUAUGGUGCACUGUGAAAGCAUGACCACAUUUUUGCCGAUGGUAUUGAUGGCCACUGGGUGGAGCCAGAUCUUUGACGCCGUGAACCGGGCUGAAAUAACUAUCCGUCAAGGAAAAAAACGACCACAAAAAUAAAAGUACGUCAACCUCGGUUUGAAAUGGAUCGAACAACAGCACCUCAAGAAAAAGUUACCAUUUCUCCUGAUGACAAAAAAUAUACCACUGGACCACAAUGCAUCACUGUCUACCGACUUUGGAGCUUUUCGUCAGAGCACUCUGAUUGGUUGAGCUCUGGCUUACCUUAUGAACAUUACUGAUGUGUACAGUCCUUCCUCCGCGCCCAUAUUUGCUUGUUGAUGUGUGUUUGCUGUACAGUGUACUCGCGUUCCUCCUCUGACAUCGAGAAAGAUGAACGGGGGUGCAGGAGAAGAGGUGUGUGUCCGUGUGAUUAUAAGGGUAACAGUGUGGGUGCUGUGAUCAUAUUUAAAGAGAAAAAAAAAAAGUAUGUGUUGUUGUUCCUUACAUUGACUGAGCAAUGCAGUAUUUUUUUUCUUUUUUUUUAACCAUUAAAAAACAAUUCCCAAUGGA